AUGUCGCGGAUUGAGCCAUGUAAAGGAAGGCUUGGAUUAAGGAGGUGGAUGGGGGGAAGGGGCACCCUGGCAGCAAGACAAUCGGUUCAUGCCUUCAGCCAAGCUUCAAAUCCUUCUAUAUUGUUAGGAAAAGAUUAUAUGGGAGGCUUCAACAGAGGGGACGAGGCACUAGAAGUUGGGGACGCUCUGCUAGAGUCAAAUGUCAUGGAUUUAGCCAUGUAA